AUGGUCAAGGUACCUAAAACCCGAAGAGCUUUCUGUAAGAAGCGUGGCAAGAACCAACCUCACAAAAUGAUGCAGUAUAAGAAGGGCAAGGAUUCCCUGUAUGCCCAGGAAAAGAGGUGCAGUGAUCGGAAGCAGAGUGGCUAUGGUGGGCAGACAAAACCAAUUUUCCGAAAGGUCAGGACUACAAAGAAGAUUUUACUAAGGCUGGAAUGUAUUGAGCCUAACUGCAGAUCCAAGAAGAUGUGGGCCAUUAAGUGA